AUGGACGACCUGAUAGCGGACUUCACCGCCAUAACUUCAGCGGAUCCAGAGCGCGCGGCGCAGUAUCUUCAUUUGACAGACAACAACCUGGAACAGGCCAUCCAGCUCUUCUUCGACAGCCCGAACCUGGAUCUCUCCGGGUCAGCGGCGACGCACGCCCCAUCGGCGAGCGCCCCACAACCCCCGCCAUCCGCACGACCUCAGUACGCAGAGGACGACGAUGGAGUUAUCCGCAUCGAUUCGGAUGACGAGGACUCCGAGUUCUUCGGCAAUCAAGCACAAGCGCCUCCCCGGCCCGCACCAGCAGCGGCUGCUCAGCCUACCUUUUCAAGCACAGCGGAAGAUGAUGAAGCCAUGGCCCGUCGACUGCAGGAGGAGAUGUACGGUGGAGCGGACCAAACAGCCGACUUUGGUGUUCGAGCGCCAAUGGCCCGGACAACUGAGACCCUGAUAGGUCCCAGUGCCAAUUGGGGCUCGAACUCGGACGACAUGAGCGCGGCUAUCGCCGAGCAGAUGCGUGCACGCGAGCGAAGACCUGCUACAGGCCGGCCGGGGAUCUUCAACCAACGACCACCUCCUUCUGUUUGGGAUGAGGACAACAACGAGAACGCUCGUCGUCACGCCUUAUCUCGCGCAACCGGCGGCGCUUCCGAUACCUCAGCCAAGUCCAACCACCUCGCAGAGCUAUUUAGACCUCCAUUCGAGCUGAUCUCGCGACUUUCCUGGGAUGAGGCACGCGACGAAGGCAAGGAGACCGAGAAAUGGAUCCUGGUGGACGUGCAAGACGCGGCAGUGUUCGACUGCCAGCGACUCAACAGGGACAUUUGGAAGAACAGCCAGAUCAAAGAUACCGUUAAGGAGAACUUUAUCUUCCUGCAGUAUCUAAAGGACGAUCCAAAUGGCAGCAGCUACAUCAACUACUACUUCCACGAUCGUGACAGCCAAGACGCAUAUCCGCACAUAGCUAUUGUUGACCCCCGCACUGGCGAACAGGUUAAAGUGUGGUCCGGCCCACCCGUCCCGCAACCCGCCGACUUCCUCAUGCAGCUGCACGAGUUCCUGGACCGCUACAGCCUCAAGGCCUAUGCGCGUAAUCCUGUCGCAACUCGGAAGGCACCAAAGAAGCCGGACGUCGACCGCAUGACGGAGGAAGAAAUGCUGGAGAUGGCUCUGCAGAACAGCUUAGCCAACAAUGGCGGGCCGCGCAGCACAGACCCGGAUGAGCUGACAAGGAAACCCGAGGCGUCUCCGAAGGGGAAAGCCGAAGCGUCGACAGCAGAAGACGCGGACGCCAUGGACACGGGUCCCGAAACAGCCACUAAUGGCACAGCUGCGCCUGCCGCAGCAGCGACUGCCACUCCUUUUUCGAGGAUCUCUUCAUCAACACCCCAUACGGAGCCACCCAGCAGCCCAGCAACAACCACACGCAUUCAGUUCAGACACUCAGGUGGCAGACAGAUCCGCCGCUUCGCGCUCGCCGACCCUGUGCGCAGAAUCUACGAGUGGCUCAAAGCAUCGCCUCUGGAAGGCAAGGAGGGCGUCGAUUUCGAGUUGAUCUUCAUGGGCAAGAACUUGAUAGACAUGCUCGACAGUACGAUCGAACAGGCCGGCCUCAAGAAUGGCACGGUCAUGGUGGAGUUCCUCGAGGACUAG